UAACCGUGACACAUACGUUUCUUUAAAAAGAGUUGGACCACUGAGGAAUGCAUACAAAUGUUUUUCGCCAGUACGCACGAACAACGUUAAUAUUGUAUUUAAUUCCGCAACCAAAAUGCUUGCAACAAAAACAGGUUUUAAUGAUCAAAUCGGUUUGGUGUUCACAGUCGUGAAUUUGCUGGCUCCACUAUUGCAGGCCAAAAUUCAAAGCAGCGACUUAAACGUUCUCACAUUGGACGUCAACAGUAUCUUAAGCAACAACAUUAAAAUAUCAGAUCCAUUUUUAUAUUCAAAUAAUAAUGGAUAUGAUAAAAAAAACAUCUCACUUGGAACGGAAUGUCUUAGUAGUUCUGAUCUUGAUUUAGCUGUAAAAACUAUGAAAUUUCACAGACAGAUGAUGAAAAACUACAUGUUAUCAGAAUACUUGGUCAAUCAAAUUUCUUCGGCUAUGUAUAAAAAAGCAUCGAAAGCAUGGGCAAUAAAACGUAUAGGCGCUGCAGCUAAUCCCGAGUUUAAUGAGACGAGCGAGAGAAACAAACAACUGCAAGAUGAAGGUUCAAAUAAAUAUGUAACCUGGUUGAAGAGAUUAGGAGAAGCGGAGUACGCUAAGCUGAAUUUCUAUGGUAAGCCUAGCCAAUUGUUAAAUGCAACAUCUCUUGCCUACGAUGAUGUCGAUUAUGGAUUAGAAAACAUAGAGGAAGCCGACGUAACGGGAUAUGCGUACACUGGUGAUGAAAACCCGGCAUCACUUUUCAAAAAUAAUCACCACUUUGGAGAAACACCAAGGAAGAUGAAUAUCAAACCAGUUGCUAAGUCAGGAUAUGAUGAAUUUCAUGAUUACUAUCCAGCGAAUUCACAUUCAUUUGCGAAUCAAGGGAGCUCACAUCCACUCCAGACAUCGAUGACUGCGCUUAACCAAACGAAAGAAGUCGGAUUAAAAGAUAUCACAAAUAUUGCACUUACAACUUUAGCAUUCCUAUCUUUUGGAAUGUUCGUACUGCAAGUAUUAAUGUGUAUAACAAUGAAUAAGGAAGAUACGACCAAUAUGUCAAUGCUUGCUGUAGACGGAACGGAUGACGUAAACGGAGCAGAUGGUACAGAUGAAAUUAGAAGAAAACGUCGGUCCGCAGAAACUUCUCAAUCGAACUCUAAAGUCAUGCAACUGGCCGAAUCAGCCUUACUGUCGAUCGACGUAAUUAACAGCAGUAACGGCAACUGUCAUUUUUACAUUAUUUGCAAAAAUAUUAAAAUUUCAAAAAGACACAGGGAAGAUGGAAACCUUUGGCUCCCAAUUUGGAGUUUGGCUACAGGUUGGAUCGCUGGAAGAAUAAAUGCAGAUAACUUUAAACUUUUACAAGAAACAUUUCCCCUAAUGUCAACGUUAAAAGCCGUCAUUAUUGGAAUAAGCGGAACAGAGUGCACUGAUUAUUAUAAACUUCCUAAUGGAUGUUAAUAUUACUUCGUGAUUUUAUUGCAAAACUGGAACCAAUGCAAAUCAUGCCCAUUUGCUGAGAAAUGUAUGAAUGA